UUCAACUCUAUUCAAAGAGACCAUUAUUCACGAAUUAUCAACACGUUUUUCUGUACAAAUUGAUGUUGACAACGAUUGCGAAAGAGAAAUUAGUAAGUAUCACUCAAAUGGCUAGCAUACUUGAAUCCUAGAUACAAAAAUAUGUCAUUUGAAUCUUCCGAAAAUAUUAAAAAUCGUAUUAAACAAAUAGUACGUUCAAAAAUGGUUUUGUUAAGCAGAAAUACUGAUGUACGUAUACCUACAGAAAAACGCACAGCACUUGAUGAAUUACUUGAAGAAGAACCAAAUAAUGAUACUGACGAGUUUUCAAGGUAUAUGGCGGAAUUUCAAAUAAAUCAUAAUGCAGAUCCAUGUGCAUGGUGGAAAGAUCAUGAAAACAUUUAUCCAACGUUAGCCGUAUUAGCUAAACAAAUAUUAUGUAUACCAGCAUCUUCUGCUUCAUCAGAAAGAGUUUUUUCAACAGCCGGUAAUAUAUUAUCCCCAAAACGUAAUAGAAUUACACCAUGCCAUUUGUCAGCCUUAGUUUUUUUAAAACAAAAUAAUAAUUUUUAAUUA